CAGUAAAUCCGAGGAAGCCGUGGCGGGGCCUUGCCGUGAUAAACACGCACGCAGGGCGGGCUGCCCCGCGCGCCGCGCACGUGACGCUCACGUGGCCGCACACGUGACUGGCCAUGGCGGCGGCGGUGCGGGGGCGCCGCUUCAAGUGGUCCCUGGACCUGGGGGCGGCCCCGGGCGGCCGGCCCCGCGGCGCCGCCGAGGGCCGCGGCCCGCUCGGGUUCGCCGACCGGCAGCUGGGGGAGGGCGGCGUCCACGAGAGCGACAAGAUCCUCAUGGAGAAGCGCUGCUGGGACGUGGCGCUGGCGCCGCUGAAGCAGAUCCCCAUGAACCUGUUCAUCAUGUACAUGGCUGGGAACACCAUCUCCAUCUUCCCGGCCAUGAUGGUCUGUAUGAUGGGCUGGCGCCCGCUCCAGGCCCUCAUGUCCCUGUCUGCCACCCUGAAGGCCCUGGAGAGCUCGAGCCGGCGGGCGCUGCAGGGGCUGGUGUUCCUGGUGGGCAACGGGCUGGGGCUGGCACUGGCCCUCUACAAGUGCCAGGCCAUGGGGCUGCUGCCCACCCGCCCCUCGGACUGGCUGGCUUUCGUCACCCCCCCGCAGCGAAUGGAGUUCACUGGGGGGGGCCUGAUCCUGUGACCCCCCACGCCCACCCACCAAUAAAGGCGAUGGCAGGA